AUGUCCUCCACCGCCUACUCACCGAGGCCUACUCACCGACAGCAACUCGCCACCACCAUCGGGCCAAACGUCGCCCCAGCCAUCCCUCUAGAGCCAGAGGAUGUUGGAGAUUUUCCCAAUCUCACCGCCCGCCUUCCACCUGCCCUGCGCGCCCGCUGCCCUCCUCCGACGAAGGGGCUUCACGAGGAAGACGCUGUGCGUCGGACAGUAGAAGCUCCCGGAUAUUCCGUUCCAAAGGGGGUGAGAAGGCAGGGAAUGAGUACAACCAAGGUGAAGAGACGUGUGGGCAAGUAUGAGCUCGGCCGGACCAUAGGCGAAGGCACAUUCGCAAAGGUCAGGUUCGCGAGGGACACGGUGACCGGCGAGGCCGUAGCCAUCAAGAUCCUAGAUAAGGAGAAGGUCCUCAAGCACAAGAUGGUCGAGCAGAUUAAGCGGGAAAUCUCGACGAUGAAGUUGAUCAAGCACCCUAAUGUCGUCCGCAUAUACGAGGUGAUGGGAAGUAAAACAAAGAUCUACAUUGUGUUAGAAUUUGCUACCGGUGGCGAGCUCUUUGAUAAAAUUGUUAACCAUGGUCGCAUGAGGGAAGAUGAGGCAAGGAGGUACUUCCAACAAUUAAUCAAUGCAGUUGAUUAUUGUCAUAGCAGGGGUGUGUACCACCGGGAUUUAAAACCUGAAAAUUUGCUGCUUGAUUCAUAUGGAAACCUGAAGGUCUCUGACUUUGGGCUGAGUGCACUAUCUCAGCAAAUGAAGGAUGAUGGACUGCUGCACACAACUUGUGGGACUCCAAACUAUGUUGCACCAGAGGUCCUUGAAGAUCAAGGCUAUGAUGGUGCAAUGGCUGAUCUGUGGUCAUGUGGAGUUAUCCUGUUUGUUCUGCUAGCAGGGUAUUUGCCAUUUGAGGACUCUAAUCUCAUGACUUUGUAUAAGAAAAUAUCAAAUGCAGAAUUUACAUUUCCACCGUGGACAUCUUUUCCUGCCAAGAGGUUGUUAACAAGAAUCCUUGAUCCAAAUCCAAUGACGAGAAUAACAAUCCCAGAAAUAUUAGAGGAUGAGUGGUUCAAAAAGGGCUACAAGCGCCCAGAGUUUGAUGAGAAAUAUGACACCACGUUGGAUGAUGUGGAUGCUGUCUUCAAUGAUUCAGAAGAGCACCAUGUGACAGAAAAGAAAGAAGAAGAACCAGUAGCUCUGAAUGCAUUUGAACUGAUUUCAAUGUCAGCAGGCCUAAACCUUGGAAACUUAUUCGACUCAGAGCAGGAGUUCAAAAGAGAAACAAGGUUUACAUCAAAAUGCCCACCCAAAGAAAUUGUCCGCAAGAUUGAGGAAGCUGCAAAACCUCUAGGAUUUGAUGUUCAGAAGAAAAACUACAAGUUGAGGCUCGAAAUGGUAAAGGCAGGGAGGAAGGGAAACCUCAAUGUUGCUACUGAGAUACUGCAAGUUGCACCUUCUCUUCACACGGUAGAAGUCCGAAAAGCAGAAGGUGUCACUCUGGAAUUUCAUAAGUUCUACAAGGACCUUUCCAAUACCUUAGAGGACGUCAUCUGGAAAUCCAAUGAUCUUCAAACACAACAUGCUUCUUAG